UGCGCGGUGACGGCCCGCGUCCCUGUUACUCAGCGGAGCGGCCGAGGCCGGACGACGCGGCCGGGAUCGCAGAGCCGCGAGCAACGCUGGGUAACGGCCGCUGCGACCGCCCGGACGGCACCGGUCCCCGCCGGCGGGCUUUCCUGUCGCCGUUCGGUGCGCUGCCGGCUUCUCGGUGAAUUUUUGGAUGAAGCCAUUAAAUUAAUUGCUUGCCAUCAUGAGCAGAAGUAAGCGUGACAGCAAUUUUUAUAGUGUAGAGAUUGGAGACUCUACAUUCACAGUCCUGAAACGAUACCAGAAUUUAAAACCUAUAGGCUCAGGAGCUCAAGGAAUAGUAUGUGCAGCUUAUGAUGCCAUUCUUGAAAGAAAUGUUGCAAUCAAGAAGCUAAGCCGGCCAUUUCAGAAUCAAACUCAUGCUAAGCGGGCAUACAGAGAGCUAGUUCUUAUGAAAUGUGUUAAUCACAAAAAUAUAAUUGGCCUUUUGAAUGUUUUCACACCACAGAAAUCCCUAGAAGAAUUUCAAGAUGUUUACAUAGUCAUGGAGCUCAUGGAUGCAAAUCUUUGCCAAGUGAUUCAGAUGGAACUAGAUCAUGAAAGAAUGUCCUACCUUCUCUAUCAGAUGCUGUGUGGAAUCAAGCACCUUCACUCUGCUGGAAUUAUUCACCGGGACUUAAAGCCCAGUAAUAUAGUAGUAAAAUCAGACUGCACUUUGAAGAUUCUUGACUUUGGACUGGCCAGGACUGCGGGAACUAGUUUUAUGAUGACACCUUAUGUAGUGACCCGCUACUACAGAGCGCCUGAAGUCAUCCUAGGGAUGGGCUACAAAGAAAACGUGGAUUUAUGGUCUGUGGGGUGCAUUAUGGGAGAAAUGGUUUGCCACAAAAUCCUCUUUCCAGGAAGGGACUAUAUUGAUCAAUGGAAUAAAGUUAUUGAACAGCUGGGAACACCAUGUCCUGAAUUCAUGAAGAAACUACAACCAACAGUAAGGACUUAUGUUGAAAACAGACCUAAAUAUGCUGGAUAUAGCUUUGAGAAGCUCUUCCCCGAUGUACUUUUCCCAGCUGACUCAGAACACAACAAACUUAAAGCCAGUCAGGCAAGGGAUUUGUUAUCCAAAAUGCUGGUAAUUGAUGCAUCUAAAAGGAUCUCUGUCGAUGAAGCUCUCCAGCACCCGUACAUCAAUGUCUGGUAUGACCCUUCUGAAGCAGAAGCUCCACCACCAAAGAUACCUGACAAGCAGUUAGAUGAAAGGGAACACACAAUAGAAGAAUGGAAAGAAUUGAUAUACAAGGAAGUUAUGGACUUGGAGGAGAGAACCAAGAAUGGAGUUAUACGGGGGCAGCCCUCUCCUUUAGCACAGGUGCAGCAGUGAUCAAUGGCUCUCAGCAUCCAUCGUCAUCGUCGUCUGUCAAUGAUGUGUCUUCAAUGUCAACAGAUCCGACUUUGGCCUCGGACACAGACAGCAGUCUGGAAGCGUCGGCUGGGCCUCUGGGCUGCUGUAGAUGACUACUUGGGCCUUGAGGGGGGAGGGGGGUCGUUUAGUCAUUGAUAGAACUACUUUGGAAGCAAUUCAGUGGUCUUAUUUUUGAGUGAUUUUUCCAAAAUGUAGAAUUCAUUUUGCAGUAAAGUAGUUUAUUUUUUUUUAAAUUUCAAGUGAUGUAAUUUAAAACUUAAGUUGUGUUUUAAAACAGCAACAAAACUGUAUUGUAUUUUUGCUGUAAUUAACUGUAUAAUGUAAACCUAAUUAUUUUAUCAUGGUUUAAAAUUUUUGCAUAUUUGCUUUAUCUUAUGCUGCUGAUUUUUUUUUUUUUUACUGAAUUUGUAAGAUUUUGUUUAUCAAAGCAAUUAUUAUGUGGUGACUUGCCUAUAUCAUGAAUUAUUUAAGAUUUUUAUAGUUUUUUUAUUAGAAUUUAUUUCAAAUGUUUUGUUCAUGAUGCUGUCCUUCAGGGUUAUGUGCUUAUCAAUGAAAUAACCCAGAGGAGUGAGGAAAAAUGACCUGUAGCCAGUUAUAUUCAGGAAUAACUACUGUAAGUGAUGAACGCAUUAAAAAAAAACCUCCAAUAUUUGCUACUUGCCAAUCCUAAUUUAGUCACCACAAUUGGUAGUGAUCCUACCUGAGUUUUGGCAAAAGCCCCAUCAUGUAAAUGGCAGAAUAACUCCGAGCAUGUCUUUGAAGAUGCUGGGCAUCUACCACCACCCUCCUCCCCCACCGCCCCCAACAGAAGGCAGGUAAAGAGAAUUCGGUGUUUUCUGCACAUCUGUGGCAUGCUCGAGGCUUGUGAUCACAUCAAGUCAAGAGGAUACUUCAUGAAUAAUACAUUUCAAUGCAAAUAAACAGAUGGUUCACUUCUCCUAGC